UCUUCCCGCCGGCUUUUGAAUUUCAACCUGACCCUCAGCCACCAGCCCGCCACUCGCCACCGAGUCGCCUGCAGCUGCCAGAGAUCUGGCCUCCACACCAGCAUGGCCUCAUAUGUUGAGAAGCUAUGUACAGCUGCAAAUGACUUUUGUCUCCGAAGCAUGUUGAUCCUGAUUGAAGGCAUUGUAGGGGACAUAACGAUGGAGGAGACAAAUGGUGGAGCAAUGCAGGUGGACUCUCCUCCCAAGGUGGGGGGAACAGUGGAGCCUCCCCCAAGAGAAGAGCCCAUUCUGGAUCCUGUGAAUGGCAUUGUUCAGCCUCCUUUCUCCCCACCCCCUCAUAGACCUGGACGUAUCACAAAUCAACUUCAAUAUAUACAGAAACAAGUCAUGAAAACUGUUUGGAAACAUCAGUUUGCAUGGCCAUUCCAUCAGCCAGUUGAUGCUGUGAAGCUCAAUUUACCAGACUACCACAAAAUAAUUAAACAUCCUAUGGAUUUGGGCACGAUCAAAAAGCGGCUUGAAAAUAAAUAUUACUGGAGUGCCAAAGAGUGUAUACAGGACUUCAACACUAUGUUUACUAAUUGCUAUGUGUAUAAUAAGCCUGGUGAAGAUGUAGUGUUAAUGGCACAGACCUUAGAAAAAAUAUUUUUAACUAAAGUGGCAGCUAUGCCCAAGGAUGAAAUUGAGGUAGAAGAUGCGACAAACAAAGGUGGGAAGGGUCGAAAGGGCCGGACACCAGCAGUGCCUGGAGCCAAGCCACCUAGGCCUCCCGCUCCUGCAUCUGCCCCAUCUGUGACUGCCCCAGCUCCAGCUCCGACAGUUACAGCACCACCUGCCAUGAGUGCUGUUAGCGUUGGGAACAUUACCGGCACUAGCUCACCAGCCCUCUCCAAUUCUCUCACCUCGCCACCCACAGCAACUACCAUGGGGUCAUCUCAGCUGCCACUGCCAAUCAGUGCCACCACUCCUGCAACUCAAACUACUGUGCUGGGCUCCACUGCUCAGCCCACCGUCCCAGCACCAGCACCCACUAACUCUUAUCCACCUGUGUCACUAGGAGGAUCAAUCCAAGGCUACCCCCCUCAUCCUACACCAGCCCCCAGUCAUCCUACCCCCACUACCAUAGAUGGUUGGAACCAGAAUGAUGCUCAGAAAGGUGUAAAGAGGAAAGCAGAUGCCAUGGCUCCAAUGAUUGGCAACUCAAAUUUUGAAUCAUUUUCACCUGGGGAAAAGAUAGGCAAGAUAUCUUCUCGGAGAGAGUCGGGCAGACAGAUAAAGAAAGUCAACAAGGAUUUACCAGAUUCUCAGCCACAGCACAGUACGAAACCAAAGGGAAAGGUUUCAGAGUCUUUUAAAAAUUGCAACGAAAUUCUCAAAGAACUAUUUUCAAAAAAACAUUCGGGAUAUGCGUGGCCCUUCUAUAAGCCAGUGGAUGCUGAUCUCUUAGGGUUGUCAGACUACCAUGAGAUCAUCAAACAUCCAAUGGAUUUAGGCUCGGUUAAGACUAAAAUGGAUAACAGAGAGUACAAGAAUGGUGCAGAGUUUGCUGGUGAUGUUAGAACAAUAUUUACAAAUUGCUACAAGUAUAAUCCCCCUGACCAUGAUGUAGUAGCCAUGGCAAGAAAGUUACAAGAUGUCUUUGAAAUGAGAUAUGCCAAAGUGCCAGAAGAUGAACCCUUCGAAAUUCAACCAGCAACAGAUUCCGAAGAGUCUGAAAGUGAGAGUGAGAGUGAAACUGACGACUCUGAGGAUGAGAGAGAAAGGAAGUUAGUUCAGCUACAGGAGCAGCUACGGCAGGUGCAAGAACAGAUGAAGUUGCUGGUUGAAGAGUCUUUAAGAAGAGGGAAAGAAAAGAAGAAAAAGACCAAAAAGAAAAGUAAAGACCGUGAGAAGAUGUUGUCAGAGUUGCCCAACGUUCCAAACACAGUUCCCCCCACUGUGAACCAAAAUGCCCCAACAGCAGCCGCUGUCACAACCGCGACAGCAGCUGUUCCUCCUGCAGCACCCCCACCUGGCCCAGUUCCUCCUAAACCUAAGAAGAACAAAACUAGUAAUAAUAAGCAGAAGAGACAACGGUCCAAUCCUAGUAAAUCAAAGAAGAAGGCAGCGGGUGGUGCACCAGGCAUGGUGUUCGACUCUGAGGAUGAGGACAACGCCAAGCCCAUGUCUUAUGAUGAGAAGAGGCAACUUAGCUUAGAUAUUAAUAAACUACCUGGUGACAAGUUGGGGCGAGUGGUGCACAUAAUCCAGACGAGAGAACCUUCUCUGAGAGACUCGAAUCCAGAUGAGAUUGAAAUAGACUUUGAAACCUUAAAACCCUCUACCCUGAGAGAAUUAGAAGCGUAUGUUGCAUCAUGUCUCAGGAAAAAACCAAGAAAGCCUUAUGCUCGACAAGAUAAGAAAAGUGUUGUGUCAAAAACAAAGGAGGAAUCUAUGGCUGAAAAGAAGCAGGAGCUUGAAAAGCGAUUACAAGAUGUAACUGGCCAAUUAGGUACUCCAGCUGCCAAGAAGACACCCAAAAAAGAAGAGAACAAGAGUAUGGAUGCAGUUGGUGGGGGCACAUCCCGCUUAACAGAAUCCAGCUCAUCUUCUUCAGACAGUGAUUCAUCCUCAUCCUCAUCUUCAUCAUCAUCCUCAGAUUCCUCUGACUCGGAAGCAGAAAGUCGUAAAUCCAAGAAACCCAGGUUAGAAAACUCUUCACAGAAGCAGUCUCAGCAACAACAAAAGCAGCAACAUGAUCAACAACAACAGCAACAACAACAACAAUCGCAACAACUUCCACAACCACCUCAGCAACCACUGCAACAACAACAGCAACAACACCCACCGCCACCUCAACAACCACCACUCCAAGGCGGAAGCAAAGGAGAGAGCCGCAAAUCCCACCAGCAACCGCAGUCCAACGUCGCGACAACAAAACAUCCUGCUGAGUCUGUCCAGCCAGCCAUAAUGUCAGAAGACAUAAAGGUUGAGGAUGUGGAAAAGUCAGAGUUGAAAAAUAUUUUAAUUAGUAAUAGUGUUCCUAAAUCCCAGCCCCAGCAAAGUAAGCAGCAGCAAAUACAACAACAAAAACAAUACUUACAAGAACAACAAAAGCAGUUGCAAGAACAGAAGCAACUUUUAGAACAGCAAAAACUUCAGAAGCAACAAAAACAGCAGCAAGAACAACAGAAACAACAACAAUUAGAGCAGCAGAAACAAAAGCAGAAACAGCAAGAGGAACAGCAACAGCAGCAACAAAAACAGCAGCAACAACAACAGCAACAACAACAACAGUUGCAGCAACAACAACAACAACAACAACAACAACAACAUGCACAUCACCAGCAUCACCACCACCACCACCAUCAGGAACAUACUUCUCAUCCUCUCCCUCCAACCUCAGAAGAACAGCAUAUCCACCAUCAACAGCAACAGCAUUUACAACUACAGGAACAGUUAGAACAGUUACAACACCACCACUUACAGCAGCAGUUACACCACCAUCACCAACAGCAACAUGCCAUGAGUCAUAAUAUGUCAGGGGGUUUACCACACCCAUCGGUUUCAAAUGGCUUCUCAGCCGACAUGCCACUGGGUAUGGCCCAGUCAUUGGUGCAUAGCUUAGCAGGGAUUGGUGCAAUCACGGGCAUGCCUGGUCUGUCCUCCCUUGGCCCCUCUGGGCUAGAGGGACUAGGUGCUGCUGUCACAGGUAGCAUGUUGCCAGGGCUUGUUGAUGCUGCAUCAACAAAUAGUGCCAAUAUUUCUGUUGCUGCUGCCUCCAAUGCAGUACCAACACACAACCCAAUGAUGGCAACUCAUGACACGCAUCAAGAAAUGCCAUCACAUUUGCCAGAGACUAGCCUAGCAGACUUAAAAGCAGCAGGCUUAGAUACUAGUUUAAGUUAUUAUUCGUCAAUUCCACAAACGCAAAGCGACACAUCUAUCAUGCGCAAACAGUCAGAGGAGGAACUCAACCCAGAGGCCCAGGCCCUGCAGCGGCAACAUGCGGAGGCUUCAGCAUUGGCAAGUUACCUGGCUGCUCAGGAUAAGAAACCCCCUUCCUCUGCCCCAGAAACCCCAAAGUCAUCAGGAGGAAGCUCUUUCAGUAAACCCAAGCCAACACCCAAGAACCUCAGUUCAUGGUCAUCCCUAGCGCAGAGUGCCGUCCCUUCACCCACAGCCUCGACCUCUCUGAAGACAUCAGCCAGUGAUUCCUUUGCCCAGUUCAAGAGAGUUGCCAAGGAGAAAGAAGCAAGGCAACGUCAGAUCAUUGAGCAGCAAGAGCAGAGGAGGCAGCAGAAGGAGCAAGUUGAGAAGGAACGUGCAAGACAAGAAGCAGAGAGAGAGCGUGCACGGUUAGAGGAGGAAGCUUUGGAUAGGGCAAUGGAACAAGCUAAAGAAAUUCGGGCCACUCAAGAAGUUCAAAGACGAGAACCAGUUGCCAUACGGGAGCGGCCACCCUCAAGUGCAAAAGUGGCCACUCCUAUGACAGCCUCAACUUCGCCUCUCCCCCAGCUGGCAACACCUGCAGGACCCCCCAGCUCACAUCCUCCUGCCACUCCAACCUCUUCCAUAGACAAUGCAAAGCAAAGUGACCGCGACAGACAAAAGCUGAGAGAACAAGAACGAAGACGGAGGGAAGCUAUGGCGGGUCAGAUAGACAUGAAUCGCCAAAGCGACUUGAUGGCUGCGUUCGAAGAACAGUGUGGAAAAUAAUGUAUAAGAAUUACCAAAAAUAUUUUAUUAAUGUCGGCUCUGUUCCUUGUACACAACUCAACUCAGAUAUCACCUAAGUCCUUUUAUUUGACAUGUUUUGUACAUAUAACUAUAGCUGUGUUUAUAUUUAUUAUAGUUCAGUGAGAGUUCUUGUUGUUGCUGUACAUUUGUGUAUGAAACUUAUGGAUGUAAAUGUUACAUUUUGGCUGUGAAAUCGUCCCUUGCCAAUGCAUGUUGUCGGCAAGUUGUACAACUGUUGGCCCUGCUGCUUGAUGGCACUCUGUUCAUUUGGCCAGCUCCGAAUUAAGAGAAAAAAAAAUUAUCCUAUUCUACUGAGAACUAAAUAACUGUCAUGACUGAGCAUAAGUGCAAGUGUGGCACAUCAGUGGUGCCCUAUCUGUAGUGUUACAAGUGUCAACUGAGCUGAUCUCCUGUUAAGAUUAGCACAAGUCCUAACUUCCAGUUGUCAUGCAUCAGACCACAGCAGAGGGUUCUGUUUGUCCACAGUAGAAGAUACUUUUUCUUUAGGUUGACACCUCUGUUAAUUCCACCAACUUAACAAUAAUUUGAUGACUGUAGAAGAUUAUAGUUGGGUAUUUAAGACUGAACCUUUUUAUGGUGUACUCUUAAAUAACUCAUACGUUUAGAAAUUAAUUUUUCAGAAAUGACCAGGAGUUUUCAUGGAAAAAAAAUGGUUGAAGAAAAAUAGAAAAAAAAUGUUGGCAUUAACUCUUGGAAAUGUGUAAUAUAGUUAUGCAGUGGAAUAGCAGGAGCAUCUCAAGUAGCAAUAUACUUGCUCUGCUGGUGCUUCAAAGCAGAAACAGGACAUUAUAAAUGCUCGCCAUGUGAAUAUUGUUUCUCUAUUGGAAUUGCUCUUCAGAUUCUCAGUUUUCAGCUGGGAUUGCUACUCAGCUGUUUACAACAGGUAUGGCUUGUUUGCCAUACAUUAAACUUUCCAUAUUGACCAACGAUUUUCAACUAAGGAAAUGUUAAUCAAUAUUAGGUUUAGAAUCUUUUUUUAAUAAAAAGUGUUAAAAGUAUUUGGCCGAUAGGCCUGUAGACCAUCAGUUUGGGUUUCUUUGUUUAUAUAACCUUCAGUGAUAUUCCCAUUAUGUAUUUGGCAACUUUUUUAUAAGAUAUAUAUACAUAUAUAUAUAUUAGUUAUCUUUCCUUGGAAACAUUGCAUUGAAAAGGAAAAUAUUUUGUGAACUCUGAAAAUCCAUUAUGUUCUUUAACACCACAGGAUGAGUUGCAUAGUUUUCCAGCAGCAGAUAUUACUCAAUAUGAACACUAACUCAAAUGAAUAGUCAGAUACACUGCUGACUCAAAGGGCAGUGAUCAGUACCCUGUGAAAAGGAUGAAACUUUUUUAGUGAAGCAGUCAGCAGUUCUCCACAUGAGAAAGGUUGUGCUAAGUUGUCAACAGUUCCCUAGUUGACGACAUUGUACAUAGCUGUAUAGUUUGUGAUUCUACUAUUUAAUAAAGACUUGUGAAGACCAGGACUGACUUGCUGGUGGUAGUUAACUGCCAUGUGCGUAAGACAAAUUUGUUUACUGCAUUCCAUAUUUAAAUAAUGCAUAAAAAUGACCAUGAUUUUCUUGUGUAUUUUGUAAAGAUCUUCACUUGUGUUUGUAUUGAUAUUGACAUAGUGUAAGUAUGGGGAACUUUUAAUAACAGUUGAACUGACUGUCAUUUAGCUUUUGCCAAGAACAGUUUUUGCACCUUUUUGCUCUGGCUGUUAUUCAUUUACAGUGUUAAGGGAAGGUUGAUAUAUAGGUAGAGAUUCAUUUUGUAUAUUUUUCAUGGUUAUUUAUUUAUCAUAUUUUUAAUGCCUGGUCUCAUUACCCAUGCAAGCAUUACCAUGAUCACAAUCAUACCAUU